CACUUUUCCUUUCCAAUCAUUGCUGUCUGGGUCGCUUUAACCUUUCUUUAUCCUCUUGCGCCUCCAACUUUGAGUACUAGUGUGUCCUGAGGAGGCACACGGGGGCGUUUUUGUGACAUGUGUCUCCACCGAGGAAUCCUAUGCCUAAAUGCCCAUAUUGUACAGGUAUAAAUAAGUAUAUCUGGAACUUGCAGAGAAGACUUUCUUCAGGAUCACCUCAAACUCACUUCAAUACAGCUCAUUUAUUUAAAACCCUACAAAUCAGCCAGCCCUUUGCCUUACUUCCAGGCAACUCCAGCAUCAUGCUGACUCUAAUCACUCUGGUCAGCGGGGCACUGUACCUGACAUAUCAACUCCUGCGCUCCAUCCGACAAACAAUCAGAAACCGCAGAACCGCAAAAUCGCUGGGUUGCGAGCCUCCACAAAAGAUCCCAUCUGAUCCUCUCGGUCUCAAGAGUUUCUUCGAACUCGCACGGGCAGCGAAGGACAGCCGCGUAGUCGAAUAUAUUGCGGGGUUCUACGAUCAGUAUGGACCCACGUUCAGCUUGACCGGGCUAGGAGGAGUCUCGAUUCUGUCCACGGUUGAGCCUGAAAAUCUGAAAGCCCUCUUAGCCACCCAAUUCCAUGACUUCAGCCUGGGUACCCGCCACCGUGAGUUCUAUCCCCUGCUUGGGAACGGCAUCUUCACACUAGAUGGUGCGGGCUGGUCGCAUGCCCGGGCGUUGUUACGGCCGCAGUUCACGCGGGAUCAGGUGGCGGAUCUAGAUCUGAUGGACGGUCACGUCUCCCGACUGAUCGAGCUGAUCCCGAAGAAUGGCAGCGAUUUCGAUAUCCAGCGCCUCUUCUUCCUACUGACCAUCGAUUCCGCAACGCACUUUCUGUUCGGCGAGUCGGUCAACGCGAUGCACUCUUCCGGCCACGCCGGGGUUCUGGAGAAGACAACAGUCGGGGAUGCACAGGGCUUCGCGGAGGCAUUCAACCUGUCGCAGGAGUACCUUUUCACCCGCAACCGGUUCAUGGGCCUGUACUGGCUGGUCAACCCGAAGGAGUUCCAAGACGCCAACAAGCGCGUGCAUGAGGUCGUCGACCACUAUGUCCGACUGGCGCUGGCUUCGAAGAACAACCCGAACAAGAGUGCGGAUCGAUACAUCUUCGCCGAGGCGUUGGCCGCGGAGACGGACGAUCCGAGGGUCCUGCGCGAUAACAUGCUCAAUAUUCUGCUAGCAGGACGUGACACGACGGCCAGUCUGCUGAGCUCGGCGUUCUUCUACCUGGCGCGUCAUCCCGCCGUCUGGGACCGGCUGCGGCGGGCUAUCGUCGAGGAAUUCGGUGAUCGUGUGCAUCCGCGGGCGAAGAUCACGCAGGCGCGGUUGAAGGAUAUCCCAUAUCUGCGGUAUUUCCUGAACGAGGUCCUCCGUCUGCUGCCCCCCGUGCCACUCAACUUCCGUGUCGCUGUCAAAGACACUUCACUCCCGGUGGGCGGCGGCCCGGACGGCAAGGCCCCCGUGUUUAUUCGCAAGGGCCAGCUGGUCACGUACUCCGUAUAUGCGAUGCACCGGCGGGAGGACCUCUACGGGCCUGAUGCGCGAAGCUUCCGGCCGGAACGCUGGGAGGAGAACGCCAUCCGCGGGUGGGAUUUCCUGCCGUUCAACGGCGGACCCCGGAUCUGUCUUGGUCAGCAAUAUGCCCUGACCGAAGCGAGCUAUACCCUGGUCCGCCUGCUGCAGCAUUUCGACCGGAUCGAAAAUGCCGCACCGGCGGUGGAGGAGCCCCGGAUCAUGUCCAAUCUGACUUUGUCGCAUUUACAUGGGGUGGAUAUUCGCCUGUACCCGGCGGCAUCGUAGGAUGUUUUUUUUUCUUUCUGUAUGCGUCGAUGUAUAUGUUUUUUAAGCGAUAUGCAACCCACCUCGUAUCGGGUGAGACAAGUCUACAUUGCCGCGGGCGGAUGCGACUCCCCCCCCC